AUGUACCACGAAGGGCAAGACCGAGAGCGCCGAAAGGCCCGGGAGGAGAGUACAGAGUUGGCCUUGCGCAGUCAAUACCCUGUGCCGGAAGCGCCCAAGAAGGAAGCAUCCGGAGGACCGUCCCUCAUUGAGUUCACCACAGAAGCUCGGGAUGAUCCCAAUGAAGGCCUCAACUUUGGUGACAUGCCGGAGCGAUGUACCUGCAUGCAUUGCGAGCGCUCCGUUGUGACAUUCAUCGACUACGAGGCCUCCUGGGUCACCUGGCUCUUGGCCAUUGUGGUUUGGUUCAGCCUUGGAUGGAUGGCGUUCUGGGUCUUGCCGUUGCUUUGGCCAGCCUUCAAGGACGUGGUCCACCACUGCCCGCGGUGCCUGAAUGUCAUCGCGCGGAAAUCGCGCAUCUCCUUUCCCACCUUCCGCACCGAGGUGUGCAGUUUGAAGGUCGGUAAUUGUGCUGUGGUCCUUGCGCGCAAAUAUGUCAUCAUUUUCUUAGGGCUGGUGUUUACCAUUGUUGCGGUCUACCUCAUGCGUUCUUUUGUGCAUGUAAAUGGUGCCGCGCCAGAGGUACACAAAGGCACCCCAUCAAUGCUGAGCUGGGAGGACUUCCUAUUCGAUUGCGGCCCGAAGUCAUCCUUGAGGUCGAGAGGCAGCUCUGCAAUGGUGUUUGACGAGAAGUACCGUCGGCGAACUUUUACCUGGCAAGGGGAGGUGCGAGUGAUUCGAGAAGGCUUUGAGGUCUUCUUCGUGCGCACCAAGAGUGUCUUGAUGGUGCGCAUGUAUCCCUCGCGCUUUCCACGUCGAGAUCUUCCAGAUGUUGCAUUGCUGUUUAGCGAGUCUCUGAACAAGGAGAUCGCCGAGCUGACGCCGGGCGACUGGGUAGAGUUCGAGGCCACCAUGACCUUGCAUGGAUACCGUGGGGAUCCUGAGUUGAUGACGCUUUGGCACAUCAAACGCGUCGAGCCACCAACCCCACUCUCGAGCUCAGCCGCGCGAGGAUCGCAUGCCAAGCCUGCACUCAGCCCAGCAACCUCAGAGGCGAAGCCGCCAACGGAAACAGUGUCUGCCGAGCCAGUCGGGCGCGCCGAGCCACAAGAAAGUGCGCAGCAGGAGGUAGCCAGUUCCACCCAAAAGGAGACCGAAGUGGAAACACAAGCCCCUGAUGUUGAAGCACCAGCACCCGCAAAAGAGCAGCCUGAGACUGCCGCACCAGAAGCACAAAAAGCCAGCGAGGAAAGCGGAAGCCCGCCCGCAUAA